UGUUACCGCUUGUACCCGGAAAGCAGUUUCCAGAGUCAGAUGUCGGAGUUUUCUCCUCCGCGGAUCCUUCAGGAGAACCUGAGCCGGAUGGUCCUGCUGCUGAAGCGGUUGGACAUCGCUGACCUUGGACAGUGCGACUUCCUUGACCGGCCCGCUCCGGAGUCCCUCAUGCAGGCUCUUGAAGAUCUGGAUUAUCUGGCCGCUCUGGACGACGACGGGAAUCUGUCCGAGGUCGGGAUUGUCAUGUCGGAGUUCCCUCUGGAUCCGCAGAUCUCCAAAUCGCUGAUCGCGGCCUGCGAGUUCCAGUGCGUCAGCGAGAUGCUGACCCUGGCGGCCAUGCUGAGCGUGGCCCCCCGCUGCUUCCUGCCCCCUCCGCACAGCGAGUCUGUCCUGUGUGCACGCCGCGACCUGCAGCUUCCUGAAGGGGAUCACAUGACCCUCAUCCGGGUCUACGACCACUACAAGGAGAAUACGAUCGGGUUAUACUGCCACCUACAGGAGGAUUGGGCCGGGAUGACUCCUCCUACUCCCAGCAUGCCUCAGCCUGGUGAGAAGGUCCAUGGGUCUGAGCACGGGGAGAGGCCUCUGAUGUACUGGCUUUCCUCAGGUUAUAUAGCGGAAGGGGUUAACGAUGGGGGACGGGUCGAUUAUGUCAUCUUCUGGGCGGGGUUAUGCACACCAUCUGCCAUUCAGGAAGCUCCAUUCUGCUGA